AUUAUGCAGUCAGAAGCACAGACUGAAGCUGAGCAAGACCUUCUCGUAGAGUUUCUCCUUGAGUGAAAGUAUCACCUAAGGUUUCAACAUGAAGACUGCUGUUCUUUUGUUUACUGUGGUCCUCAUAGCUGUGUUGUCAGAGUGUGAGAUGGUCAAGUUUGGUCAGCUGUGCAGCGGCAACUCCAGUAACAGGAGGAGGACAGGGGACAGAUGGGGACAAGGACAAUACGGGGCACGCAGAGGAGACCGUGUGCAUCAGGGCCUGGACAUUGUGUGUAAUGAUGGGGCCACAGUGUACGCUCCAUUUGACGUGACGCUCAACGGGAAAGUGAUCGUGUACACAGACCCGAAGAAGGCAGCCAUCAACGAUGGGAUCAACCUCAGUGGAGAGGGUCUGUGCUUUAAGCUGUUCUACGUGAAGCCUGACAAGUACUCUGGGGUGGUGAAGAAGGGCCAGAAGAUUGGGACCAUGCUGACAAUGCAGAGUGUCUACCCAGGGAUCACUUCUCACGUCCACGUCCAGAUGUGUGACAAGUCCAACCCCACCAAGUUCUUCUAAUGGAGUCCCCUUUGGCCUCUCCUUCAACCAAUCAAUCAAGCAAUCAACAAAAUGAUCAUAAUCAUAGGGCAAUAGAUGGCCUUAAUGUGUUUAAUGUGUGUAAUUUGCUAUUAUGAUUAUUAUUUGUUUUAUUAUUAUUAAACCUUUACAGGUUUUUCUCAUGGAGAUAAAAUCUAUUUUUCAAGACAGACCUGGUUAUAAACGUUUUUUUUUUAUUAUAGUAUAAAAUAUAUAAAUGUUGCACACUUCUGGAAUAAUGUUUUACAUUAACCCUAUAAGCAUCAACAGGGGUAAAUUCAUCAUUUUGAAAUCCUUUUUUUAUCCUUCUGAAAAUGUUACGUUGAUUUCUGUGUUAAUGUAUAAUUUCUAUGUUAUAUAUAUAAUCUCUCUUUUGUAUACUCAAUAGUAAACUUUGUGAAAAAAACAUGAUAGAUUUCAAACAAAUACAUGUAUGUCAUUGAACAACCCCAUACCAUGACUAGAUGGUGAAAAAAAACCACACAUAUCUUUCAAAAGUUCUUGAAACAAUAAAAGCUAAUUUACCAACAUUUCUGAAAAUUGAUAUAUAGAGAUUUGGAAUUAAACUUCUAUUGAUCAAAAUAACAGUUUAAAACAUGAAAAACAUACAAAAAUGUAUAUUUUUAAACAUAAAAGUUGACUAUAAAUGUGUGAAAAUUAAAAAUUGUAUGCAUAUUUUGGGGAAUUUCAACCAUUCACUUGUAUUACAAAAUUUUUAUAAAAGAAAAAGUGUUACUGUUUGAAAGAAAGUGUCAUUUUGCCAUCGUUUCCAAUUUGGGGUCAAAAAUGACCCCUGUUGGUGCAUUUAGGGGUUGAAAUAUGUUGGUGCGUUUGGGCUAUUAACAAGAAAAUACAUACAUAAUAAAUAAUUCCUAAUAAAUAAUGUGUAUUUUUGUA